AUGAUCAAUGAUUUAGAUGCAAAUGCUACGGUAGUAGAAGACCUUUUCAAAGUACCUUCAAUUACUGUCUACAUAGCAAGCCUACUAAACACUAAAGAUUACAUCAACUUUAGGCAAGUCAACAAGAGAGUAUAUCAUGAAGUAUUAACUGAUGAUUUAGAUCGAACAAUAUGGAUGGACAAACUUGCCGUUAUAGGGUUAUUUAAAUCAACUGAAGCUGGUGAAGUAGAUAAAAAGGAUGAAAUUGAACAACAGCAAGAACUGUUAAUAGAAGUAACAGAUCAAAACAAUGAUAUUGAUGCCACAAACGUAUUUGACAGGCUAUCCUCUUUUACUGAUAAAAAUGCGAAGGAUGUAUUCAAGCUGUUCUUUGACUUGUUGGAGAAAUUUUGCUCAAAACUUUACCAUAAUAACAUGUCCCAUUUUUUCCCUGCAAAAUAUGAGAAAGAUCCUCUCUCUCAGGCCAAAAUUCUGAAUAAUAUACAAAGGUACAAUAAGUGCAAUAUAAAUGAUAUUGAUUACUAUACAAAAAUUGAGCAGAAUUUGGUUAUUUUAAAAGAAAUUUUUAUUAACUCCGUAUUACAAGAAGCUGAAAGAACUUAUCAAAAUGCAGACUACAAAAGCACCGCAACGUUUAUUAGCGUUUUAUUGCUCCUGAAUGAAGAGGUAUAUGCAGUAGAAUUUUACAAAUCUAAAAUAGAUUAUACAGACUUUGAGAAUUGGUUACCCGAGGGUUUGCUUGUAAAGAAAGAAGAAAAGUCAAAUACAUCUCUGUUGGAAUCAGAAACAGAACUAUCAAAGAUGGAAACUUCUUCGUCUAACAAAGGUGAUGACCAGGUAAUUUUUGAUUACGACAAAUUAUCUGACGCUCUGGAGAAGCUACAAAAUUACCUCAAUGACAACAUAGACACAAUUGACAUAUUGUUCGGAAAUAAAUACCCUAUGAUUUUGAACAUUAUAGAAACAUUUAUACAAGAAGUGAUACUCACUCCAAUCAACCAGUUGCUGGGAGAUAAUGAGGAGUACAUUGUACUAUUUUUUCCACGAGUUUACACAAUGAUAACCAAAAUGCUUUGUGAAGAUUUACAUGAUUCAAUUAACGGUGGUGAAACUUUUCACAAAGUAGUGAAAGAAUUUCUUAACAUAUACUUAACUGACAACAUUGUGAAAUAUCUAAAUUUAACACCGAUGUACGUAAGAAAUGAAAUAUCGAAGGAGUUCAAAGCCCAUGAUGAAAAAGUACGAUCAGAAGAAAUGCAAAAGAAUGAAGAGAUAUACAAUUCAUUGCGUAACCAAUCAGAAAUUGGAACCGAUAUUGGAACCGAUAAAAAUGAUUUUCUAAGUUCCUUCACGAAACUUUUUAAAAUGUCAAACGCUCAAAGUGAUCGACAAAAUAUGGAAGACCAGCUGAAACUUGCGUAUAACUUGAAUACAAUCUCCAAUAAUUUAAAGAACAUUAAAACAUUAGUUAGCUUAGACUUAUGUUAUAAGGUAGUUCAGCUGGUCAAGGAAAAAAUCGAUGAAGUAAACUAUUUUACUGAAAUAGAUACUAUAGCCAACAUUGUCAAAACAAAAUGCCAAGCACUGUUCAAGAUUCUUGUAAAUGAGCUAUGUGAGGCACAUGUAAAGCCUGCAUUCGAGAAAGGUACCAAGCUUCUCCAACAAUACGAUCCUAAUGAAAUAGAUAAGAUUGAUAUAAAUUUACAAGCUUUCCAGACUGCAAAAGUUGAGCCAUUAGUAAAUUUCACGGAACUAAUGAACAUCUGUGACAUUAUUUUACAAAUGAUAUCAAUCUUUUAUAAAAAUGAAUUGUUAGGGAAGAAUAUUAUCGAUAAGAACAGAGAUUUCUUGAAUGACGUUGUUCAAGCGAAAAAGAAAUUUGAGACAGUGGUAGAUGAUUAUGUUGCUGAGGGACUGAAUAUUGGUAUCAGUAAGCUAAUGGAUAAGAUUAAUUUUGUAUUUAAUACAGUACAAUUACCGGACGAUUUCAACCCUGAAGUUGGCUCAUCGGGAGCCUCUACCUUAGAAAUCAAACCCACACAGUGUGCUAUGCAAGUAGUAGAACUUCUAGAGAAUCAUUGUUUCCUGUUGAACGGUGCUACUGACAAGGGAACAGUUGAUGUAUAUCAGCAAGAGAUUGGUGAACGGUUUUUCAAUGAGGUAGUCAAGCACAUAAAAGGGAGCUUAAUAUCAGAAGAUGGUGGCAUUAUUCUCAUUUGUGAUCUUAAUUACUAUUAUGACUUCUUCUCGAAAAAAUUGAGGCAAAAGUCACUAGUACGUCUAUACCAAGGCUUGAAAAAUAUCGGACAACUGUAUAUAAUAUCGGGUAAGGACUCGAAGGAUCUAGGUAAAAUGAUCUCGGAUCUGGGGAAAUUCCAAGGACUUUUCACCCAGGAGGAGAUCUAUGAAUUUGUUCAAAGAAGAGCAGACUGGAUUAGAGUCAAGAGAGAUGUUGAAAAGGUAAUGUAUGGUUUAGGGGUGAAAGACUGUGUAAUUAUGUAA